UCUUUUAGUAAAGACGAAGAAAAAAAAAAAAAAAAAUGAAAUAAUGUCCUUUAAGGUGGUACUGUUUUUUCUUCUCCUAGAGGGAUUUGUAGCAUCACAACAAGAAGAUGUUGGUUUCACUUACAAUGGUUUUCGAGAAGUUAACAUGAGCUUGGACGGCUUAUCCCAGAUUACAGAAAAUGGCCUCCUAAUGUUAGCAAAUAACAGUUUGCAAAGGUUGGGUCAUGCCUUCUACCCAUAUCCAGUUCACUUCAAGAAUUUCUCCACUGGUACUGCUCUCUCCUUCUCCACUACUUUUGUAUUUGCCAUGUUUUCUCCGUUAACAACAGUAGGUGGCCCUGGUAUAACGUUUGUGAUUGCACCCUCAAGAGAGUUCCCAGGUGCUUUACCAGCCACUUAUGUUGGCCUCUUCAACCCUACCAACAUCGGCAAAUCAUCCAACCAUAUCAUUGCAAUCGAGCUGGAUAGCCUUCAAAACAAGGAGUUCAACGACAUCGAUGGAAACCACGUCGGUAUCGAUAUCAAUGACUUGAAAUCUGUUCAAUAUGCAUCUGCUUCUUACUUCAGUGGUCAAGAGAAUCGGCAUGUAAACCUAAGCCUCAUCAGUGGACAACCCAUGCAACUCUGGGUGGAAUAUAAUGGUGCAGAGAAGCAACUUAAUGUGACUUUAGCUCCUAUUAAAGUCCCUAAACCAACUAUCCCACUUCUAUCCUCCAAAAUUGAUCUUUCUAAGAUCAUCAUGGAUCCCAUGUUUGUGGGCUUCUCCACAGCUACAUACGCCAUGCCAGUACCCAAUUAUGUUUUGGGAUGGAGUUUUAAAAUGAAUGGGAAAGCAAGAGAACUCACACUCUCCCAACUUCCUAAUCUUCCUAAAACUAGACAUAAAACCAGACUUGGGCUUUUUACUGUUACAUUUUCUGUGAUAGGUGCUACUUUACUGUUAAUCUCAAUCUUUUUCAUCAUCCGAUUUAUAGUGAAAAGGAAGAGAAAGUUUGCCGAAGUGCUUGAAGAUUGGGAACUCGAUUAUGGACCUUACAGGUUCAAAUAUAAAGAUCUCUACAUCGCCACCAAGGGAUUCAAGAAAAUGGAGCUACUUGGAACUGGUGGCUUUGGUAUGGUCUAUAGAGGUGUAUUACCCAAAUCCAAAACCGAAGUUGCAGUGAAGAGAGUCUCCCACAAUUCUAAACAAGGGGAAAGAGAAUUCAUUGCCGAGCUCAUUAGGAUUGGAAAAUUGAGGCAUAGGAGCAUAGUAACACUCUUGGGCUAUUGUCGACGUAAGGAAGAACUCCUUCUGGUCUAUGAUUUCAUGUCCAACGGGAGUCUUGACAAACUCCUUUUUGAUCAAACAACAACAAAGACAAUGCUGAGUUGGUGUCAAAGAUUUCGAAUCAUCAAAAGCGUAGCAGCGGCGUUGUUGUAUUUGCACGAAGAAUGGGAACAAGUUGUGGUUCAUAGAGACGUGAAGGCCAGUAAUGUCUUACUAGACAAGGAGCUAAAUGGAAGAUUAGGAGAUUUUGGACUUGCAAGACUACAUGAUCAUGGAACUGAUCCUCAAACCACCCAUGUAGUGGGGACAAUUGGUUAUCUUGCACCAGAACUUUGUAGAACUGGCAAGGCGAACCCUAGUGUGGAUGUGUUUGCAUUUGGAGCUUUUUUGUUUGAAGUUGCUUGUGGUAGGAGGCCCAUAGAGCAUGAAGCAUCUGAAGAGUGCAUGGUGCUAGUGGAUUGGGUGAUCUCAUGUUGGAGUAGGGGCAAAAUUCUUGAUACUGUGGACCCAAAAUUGGGUAAGAACUAUGAAGUGGAGGAAAUGGAGUUAGUGUUAAAACUUGGAUUGCUUUGCUCUCACUCUAUUCCAACUGAAAGACCAAAUAUGCGACAAGUUAUUCGCUAUUUGGAGGGAGAGGUUACUCCACCAGAGCUAACGUGCUUGGUAUGAGACCCAACCAUUGAUGACACACCUUUUGUGCCAUCAAAAGUUUUUAGUGAUUUCUCUAUGAAACUUUGUUUUAUUUCAUAGAUUCUCUUAAUUUCUAUUUACAUUUAUCCACUGUUAAGUCACAUAAUUGAGUAUGUAGCAUUACUGUUA